GGGUGAGAUGCAGAAAAAAAAACGAAAAGCAUCUAGCAAACAAAACUUCCUUUGACAGCUGUCAUCGGCUGUUUAUGACAGUCUUUGACAAAUAUUUUUAUAGUUAUCUGUUUCUGACACACAAAAUAUAAAAAUGCAAACGAGAAUUAUCAAGAUGAUUCCCGAUGGGAAUUGCCUUUUUUGCGCGCUGGCGUAUUGUGUACGCGGCACUCAAGAUCGACACGCAGAGGUGAGACUGAGUAUCGUUUCAAACAUAGUUGAUAAUUGGUCUACAUUUGCGGGUUUUAUCACAGGUAAUGAGUCAAACGGUGCCGUGAUUAGGUCACCUGGUGAUUACAAAUCACACAUGAAUAAAAAUGGAAUUUACGGGGGAGAAGCAGAAUUAGCUGCAGCUGCGGAAAUUUUUAAGAUAUGUUUAAUCGUGUAUCGUGGAGAACAAAUUCAUCCACACCAAAUCAGAUCCCAAAAUGAAAGACAAUUCUCGCGACUCUUCACCGGCGACGGAGACGGUGGACACUUUGAUGUCUUGCAGAACCAAAAUAAAAUUCAGAUAAUGAGUAAUAAGUAUCAAAAGUAACAAGCAAGUGAUAGU